GAAAUGGGAUAAUAUCUAAAUAGCCACCUAAGCUCUUAGAUCCUCACAGUCAGCAUAUUAAAGGGGUCAGCAGCAAUUCUCAAGCACGACUUUAACACUCCUUAGUUUAAUAAACAAUGCAGUUCAAUUCACUCGUCGCUUUGAUUGAACAGGCAGGUUCUUUAUUAAGCAGGAACAGCAGGCAGAAAUGUUAAAAUUCAAGCUACGACGUCAGAGUCUGUUUGCAAACUACAAACAAAGGCAGAGUUUAAAUGCAUUGCAGCACCCGCAGAGUGAUUUUGCACUAGUGAAAGAAAGAGCUUUAAAACAAUGGAGUUCCAUGCAGGACCUUGGGUGUGAUUAUGAAAUUAAAUAUGAUGACGAAUCAGACUCUGAUCAAGAGUUACCAACUGUCCCUCAGUCCAAACUACGCUCUCCCUUUAAAGACUAUAAUUUGAAUAUUAACGUUGGAGGCAGAAUGUUCCAGAUCAACUACCGCGCUGCUGCUCGAUUUCCAAAGACCAGAAUUGGAAGAUUGGCUACUUACACCGAUCCCACGAGGAAACUGGAUCUGUGCGAUGACUACAGUGUCAAAGACAAUGAAUAUUUCUUCGAUCGGGAUCCUGCGAUCUUUCACCAUAUCUUUAACUUCUACAAGACAGGAGUCCUGUGGAUUAAAAAUGAGCUCUGCCCCAGAAACUUUCUUGAAGAGAUCCACUAUUGGGGAAUACGGAUCAAAUAUAGCAACAGGUGCUGCAGAAUCUCCUUUGAGGAGAGGCAAGAUGAGUUAAAUGAGCAGCUAAAGGUGCAGCGAGAUCUCCAGGCUGAACUGGAAGUGGAAGAAGAUGAAGAACAUUUCAGGGACUUGAUGUAUGGUCGCCAGAGAAGAGUCAUCUGGAACUUAGUGGAAAACCCUUUCUCUUCAGUUAUAGCCAAACUGAUGGCAGUGACUUCCAGUAUUUUUGUGUUAGUCUCUAUCGUAGCCAUGGCCUUGAACACAGUUGAAGAAAUGCAGUACAAAAGUCCAGCUGGCCAGCUGAGUGGGCACACCUACAUGGAGCAUGUGGAAACCAUUUGCAUCAUCUUCUUCACUGCAGAGUAUGUCCUCAGAGUAUUGACCACUCCUGACAUUAAGAAAUUUGCACGAAGUACUCUCAACGGCGUUGACCUCAUUGCGAUCCUCCCCUUCUAUCUCCAGAUCACCCUGGAAUGUUUUGAGGAUGAUGACUACGUGAAGCAUGAUCAGGAUAUAGAGAGGGUGGGCAGAGUGGGCAAAGUUGGCCAAGUGCUGAGGAUCAUGAGGCUUAUGAGAAUUUUCCGCAUUUUAAAGCUGGCCCGCCAUUCGACUGGACUGAGGGCAUUUGGCUUCACGUUGAAGCAAUGUUACCAGCAGGUUGGCUGCCUUUUCCUCUUUAUAGCAAUGGGCAUAUUUUCCUUUUCUGCUCUGGUCUUUUCUGUUGAACAUGAUGUUCCCGGAACUAACUUCACAUCCAUACCCCACGCUUGGUGGUGGGCUGCGGUCAGCAUUUCCACGGUGGGCUACGGAGAUGUGGUCCCAGAGACAGCGCUCGGAAAGACUUUCGGUUUCGGCUGCAUUGCUUUUGGGAUCAUUUUAAAUGGUAUGCCGAUCUCCAUCCUCUACAAUAAAUUCUCAGACUAUUAUUCACAAAUCAAAAAUUAUGAAUAUGCAACUCCAUCAAAGCAGAGAGGGGAAAUUAAUUUUUCGGGAAGAGCACGGAGGAUGGCGCAGUGCUGCGUAGGGGUCUCGCACCACCACUUGCCCAGAGAGCAAUAAAUUGCGGAAAGCAGCCCCACUGUGACAUCUGCUUUCCUUCUCUCUCUUUAGAAGAUUAACAUAGGUUAGAAGAAAUAUUUCACCGCCACAAUGCAGGGAGCAAAUUAAAACAUUCUCAGAAUAGUGAAGGAUAAAAUACAACUGGAGGUAUUGUGAAACUAUUCUCAAUUUUUUAUGGACUUGUUUUUCCAUCCACAAAGCACUGGCUGGAUGAAACAUUUAUUCUGCAGCACCACAUGGGUAAAGCAUCAUUUUGUAAACGUAAAGGCACGAUAAAUGAGAUUCAUGGUGUAAAUCAGGGAAUGCGUAUUCGGAGAUUAGAUUGAAAAGUACUCGAAUGUAGAAAGAAGAGGAGAGAGCAUGAAGAAGGGUCCCGACCCGAAAUGUCAUCUAUCCACAUUCUCCAGAGAUGCUGUCUGACUCACUGAGUUAUCAAGCACUGUUGUGUGUCCUUUUUUUAAAACUCUAAUGUAGGGUUAGAACAAAGGAAGGUUUUGAGGACUGUCAGGAAAAGAGAAGCGGUUUGGAUUUGCACUGAGACCACUGGAUUUUGGAAUGGGAGACAUGGAAAUUGGCAGAUAAUAUCAAAUAGGGCCUAUAGUUAAUUAUUUGGAAAUGUAAGAAUACUAACAAGCUUGCUGAGCUGCAAAUAGGAAA